UUGAGGCUCCCUGUUCGGCUUGUCCCCUGCCCUUCUCACCCUUCCCCGUUGGCACGAGAGCGAGGCGGGACCUGGGCGUGCGCCUGCAUAGAACGGAGAGCCGAGGGCGGGACGAGCACUGCGCCUGCGCACGGGAAGGAGUCGCGUCUGCAGGACAUCUCCGCAGUAACGAACGCGAGGAGAGUAUAACGCGCUUGCGCGGAGGAAGGGGGUGUUCUGGGCAAUACAAUGCGCCUGCGUGGGCCGGCCGCGGCUGGUCGGUGGCGGUGGAGCCGGUGGGAGCUCCCCGUGGGCCGGUAACAGCGGACGGGGCGCCACAGCCAGGAAUAAUGAGAGCAUGUUGGGUAGAACUGGCAAGAAACUCUCACUUGUUUGGAGCGUUCCUAACUUUUCUUUGGAUCUGCAGUGACACAAUCUAAUCAAAGGGACGGUGAGAGGACAGCAGAACAAAACAUAAAGGUAUGCACAAGUGUUGUGGUGAUCAGCGUACUGCAGAAAAGAAGUAAUCCGAUGCCGAAGAUCAAAACUUCUUAGAAGCUGAAUGUAAUGAUUGUAGCUUUCUGCAACUUUAAAUGAAAUCAACCAGAACUGGCUGGCUGAGGUUUCCAAAAGACUCGUACUCUCUGGAUCAGUGUAAUUCUGCCAUUGUAGUGGCCAGAAACUGGAUGGCUUCUACAGUGAGUGUGAACUUGGAUAAAGACGCGUCAUUGGAUGGAAUACCACCUGCAAAAAAGCCCAGAAAACUGUUGCCAAGCCUUAAAACCAAAAAGCCCCAGGAACUUGUUCUGGUAAUUGGGACAGGGAUCAGUGCAGCAGUAGCUCCUAAAGUCCCAGCACUGAAGUCUUGGAAAGGGUUAAUCCAGGCCCUGUUGGAUGCUGCUAUUGACUUUGAUCUUCUUGAAGAGGAGGAGAGCAGAAAGUUUCAGAAAUGUCUCCAAGAAGAUAAGAACCUUGUUCAUGUUGCCCAUGACCUUAUCCAGAAACUCUCUCCGCGCACUAGCAAUGUCCGCUCCACAUUUUUCAAAGACUGUUUAUACGAGGUGUUUGAUGACCUGGAGUCUAAAAUGGAAGAUUCUGGGAAACAGCUGCUUCAGUCUGUGCUUCGCUUAAUGGAAAAUGGAGCACUCGUAUUAACCACGAACUUUGAUAACCUGCUGGAACUAUAUGCAGCAGACCAAGGGAAACAGCUUGAAUCUCUCGACCUUACUGAUGAAAAAAAGGUGCUGGAGUGGGCGCAAGAAAAAAGGAAGCUCAGUGUCUUGCAUAUCCAUGGAGUUUACACAAACCCCAGUGGAAUAGUGCUUCAUCCAGCUGGGUAUCAGAAUGUGCUGCGCAAUACAGAAGUUAUGAUCCAGAAGUUGUAUGAAAACAAAUCAUUCUUGUUCCUGGGCUGUGGCAGGACUGUUGAUGACACCACGUUUCAGGCCCUUUUCCUAGAAGCUGUGAAGCACAAGUCGGACCUGGAACACUUCAUGCUUGUGCAGAGGGGAGACGUGGAUGAGUUUAAGAAGCUCCGUGAAAACAUGCUGGAUAAAGGGAUUAAAGUCAUUUCAUAUGGAAAUGAAUACGCAGACUUACCUGACUACUUUGAGAGGCUAACAAGUGAGAUCUCCGCGCGGGAUCGAACAGGUCUGCCUAGAGAAGGACAGCUAAACGGCUCUUCUACAGCCCACACUGAAAUCAAAGAGGGUGCAGCACCUGAGCCUCUGUCCUUGCAGCUCAACUGAUUGUGCUACUGGUUAAUCUGAGUUAGACCCUGGCACCUACUGCACUGACCUGUGAAACUCAGUCAGAAUGAAGAAUCUCCCCAUUUCAGUAGCUGGUUCUUAAGCAACUGGGAUUCAGCUGUGAUCCUGCCACUCUUUAGCCAGCUAGAAACUACCAGACUUCACGUUGGUAGGUCCUGGCUGGUGAAGCCGACUUGUGGUUUACACAGCAGCUGUGAUAUCGUCUCUCUCAAGGUUGCAGACUCUGCGAGGAGAGUUUCUCUCCCUCUGAGCAGCAGCACCCUGGGCAGUUUCAUACCUUGUACUUUUGUAUUCUGUACAUUUCAGUGAAAUGAAACUUGCAGUUUUUAUUACUUGAAGCUCUAGUUUUCUAGUUCUUUCUUUAUACUGUACAGUAUUUUGUACUUUGAAGGUGUAUUAAAAGCCUGCUUCACUUA